CUCCCUCUCCCUCUCCCUCUCCUUCUGCGCCUGUAUCCAUUUUGGUCUCUUUCUAGCUGUAGCCUGCGACCAUGGCCUCGCGUGAGGCCGUCCCGUCGUUCUCCCCAGCCGGGGAUCUCCUUGUGCGGGAGAUUUUCCUGUCAACCUCCCUGGAGUCCGCUCUCCAAACACAAGCGGCUGUGGCUGGCAGGGCCAUCCAGCGCGGCGCGACCCUCUGCCUGCUGUGUGGUGCCGAGUCCAAUGGAAAGAAGGCCUCGGCACGGGGGCGCACCGGCAUGGCGGCGGUGGCGGCCGCCACAGACCCGGCGCCGUGGGACCGCGGCGCCGGACUCGGCCGAGAUCUCCUGCUCGGGGUGGAUCCGCUGUCGGAUGACUCGCCACUGGCCGAUGUUUUUGUCGAGUCGCUCGCGGCCGAUGACUCGAACGCCGGCCAUUCUCAGGCCAAUUCUGUGGGCACCUCCUCAGGCACUAGUUCUCCGGCCGGGGGGCGCUUCGAGAGCCGGCCGGAGUCCGCAUUUACCGUGGCGCCCGGAUCGGUCCCGGUGAGUGAGGCAUUUGGCCGAGCACAAGCGCUCGGUCUGGGCCUCGAGGCGGGGACCCUGGUGCCAGGCUACCUGGUCAGCUCGGGGGCUGCCUGUUCCACUUCCGCCCCGCAGAGUCUCUACGUAGAUGUCGCCUGCACUGGAGACUCUCUCUACCUGGUUGAGUCGCAGCUCCCGUCGACGCGCCAGCUGGCGACCCUGGCCUCGAGCGGCGCCUUCCUCCUGGCCGAGGAGCUAACCAGUGUGCAGGUGACCCGGAGCCACGAUCUCCUGCAACGUCUGCUGGGGUCGCUCCUGCGAGUGGUGGAUGCCUUGCACCAGUCCGACAUCGCCGGGCUUGAGAGUGCUCUUGCACCGAGCAGCAUCUUCCUUGACCAGAUGGGCAACCCGGUCUUGUCAUCCGGCCUUCUGACCACCAUUCUCCGGGGCCUGGUGGCUGACUCUCAACUUGUUUCGGGCUUUUGCCCCCCUCCGGAGAAUGCCCCCUACCUGUCUGGUGUCUCGUCGUCGAUGCACGGGCAGCCGGUUUGCCUGGUGCCCGGCUGCCCGGGGCCCCUGUGGCGGCCGGCCAACUUGGUGCGCCGGGCAUCCGACAUCUGGCAUGUGGCGGCUGUUGUGCUCUGGUGCGCAGGACGCUGCCUGGGCCUGGCCGAGUGUACGGAUGGGUCCCUGGCCGACCCGCGCUCGGCCCUGGACGCGCUGGGCGCGCAAGUUGCCGUGGCCGAAGCCACCACGCCAGCGGCCACUUGGUGGCGCACCUUGUUAAACAUCCUGGAAAUGUGCAUCUCCUCGGAUUAUGCCAUCAGGCCCACGUGCGAGGAGAUUCUCCUGGGCAUGGACUUUGCCCACCUCCAAGGGGCAUUCUCGCCAGACGACGGCGUGCCCCUCUUUGGAGUGGGGCUCUUCUGCGAGUCGGAUCAGUACCUGCCGUCGGCUGCGGCCUCGCGCAGCGCCUCGCCGAUUGGCGACCGCCCGGCCAGCCCGGACCCGGGCCCCUUGCCGGCUUCCACGUCGGGAUCCUUCGCACGGUGGCCACCUGUGGACUUACCGGACGUCGAGUCUGGACACGGGUGUGGAUCUCUCAGCCGAUCGGCAUCCUUCAGCCGGGAUGUCCUCCCGUCGGCGACCGCCACGCCAUCGGAUAGUGCCUUGUCUGAGCCUUUGUUUGGGCGCUGUAGCCGCUGGGCCUCCGGUGGGUCGGCCACAGCCUGCCCGGUGCACAAUGACGCAUGGGUCAAGUCGCCCGGUUACGCCGAGCUCUGCACAAUUCCCCUCCGCGGAGCCUACGAAGCUUGGCUCGGUGAUCGGCCUGCUGGGCCGGUUCUCUUCGAGCUGGUCAGCCGUGUGGCCCAGAAGGCUCCGGUUGUCGGGGACCCCUGCCCCGGCGGGGAGGCCGAUCUCCUCUCUCCCCUUCAGAGCCACCCGGCGAUCUCUUCCGAUGCGAGCAACUGGCUGCCGGGGGUUUUCCAGUUCCCGGACUUCUUUUGGGCCAAUGAUGGGCCCGAAGGGUCCGGCCCCGGCUCGGGCCUCUCACCACUGGCCGACUCGCCGCCGGUGUCGGGGGUGCGUUCGCCGGAGGACACCCCGUCUGCCGGCGGCCCCGUCGCCGGGACGUGCGACUCUGCCGGCAUUUCGCGCUCCGGGUCCGUGCUUUCGGUGGCCGCGGUGUCCUUGACCUGUCGGCAGUUGGAUCUGUCGUGGGGCCGCCUGCCGGAAAAUGCGGCCGACAUCGAUGCCUCAAAUGGCACCGAGGGUGGCACCUGCGCCAUUGCCAGCCCGGCCGUCCCUGGCGCCGCCACGGCGUCGGCAUGUUCACCGGCCUCCAUGGCCUCAGGCAGCGCAGACACUCCGACUUUCGGCCUCCAGCAGCGGCAUGGGACCAUUCAUCUGGGCUCGGCAUUGGUGCUGGCUUGUCGCCUCUUGGGUGCGGCCUGUGUUGAGGCGUCGCAUGCAGCGCUCCACCGGCAGGGCAAGUCUUCGCUUGAUGAGGCCUACCAGGCGCCGGAGUGCGCUCUCCUGGCGGCGGUGGCCGAGGCCGAGUUUAGCCGCUGGGCGCCCAUGGCCACCCGACAGGACCUUGCUGCGAUCGUCAGUUCGGACUGGCUGCCUGGGGAAUUGGGCCUGUCAAGCGGGGACACGGUGUCCUCGCCGUCGAUCCGCGAGACACACCUCCUGCACUGGGCCCUCGGGUUUGUGGCCAUCGUGCGGCUGCUCAGCCAGCCGCUAUCCUGGCGCCCGGACCAGGCUGGGCACUUCCAAUGGCUGGCGGCCGGGCCAGAUGCCGGCAAUGCGACGGCCCCUUCGCCCGAGGGCCAGGCCGGGGUCGAGCUCGCGGCCGAUGGCUCCCCGGCCAGGGGGACCCUCCCGGACCCGGCGAUCGAUGGAGAAUCAGCCCGGCUGCUGACAGGUCUGUCGCAUUUUGCCCUGUCUCUGCUUCGGUCGCGCUCGGUGGCCCAGCUGCUGGUAGUCGGGGACACGGGGCGCCUGCGGGGGCUGGUCCGGGCUGCCGGCACCCCGCGCUGGCUCCGUGCCCGGGUGUGGGCCACCCUGCUGCCGGUAUUCGCGCGGCCCAACUUCUUCCCGGUCGAUGGCGUGUCAUUUGCUGGUCUGCUUGACCAAGACCCGGAUGAGUGCCCCCCGGAGCCGCUGUCAGAGAUGGACCGCUUCCGGGAUGAGCUGCUGCCGGACGACCCGGCCUGGGAGCGUGCCUAUGACGCGCUGGACUCGGCGGCGCCGUCGGCCUCCGACCGCCAGCUCGCCCUGGACCUCCCCCGGUGUCAGCCGUCGCAUUCGGCUCUGUCAUCUCGUCGGACCGGGCGUCGGCGCCUCGCGCGGGCUCUGAAGUCCUGGUGCCUGGAGCCGGCCGCCGGGCAAGGGAGCGUCUACUGGCAGGGCCUGGACUCCGUGGCCGCGCCACUUGUAUCGCUCUUCCUCCACCGGCCGCACAUGGCUUGGCACCAGCUGGCCGGGCUGGUUGAGUUGUCUGGCCUGUCACGGCUCCUGAUCGAGGAUGGAGCCUCGAACAUUCGCACCUGGUUCACGGCCCUGGCGCGACUGCAUGUGUACCACUCGCCCCUGGCCGCCAGCCAGGGGAUGGAGGCCGGCUGGGCAUCGCCCAACCUCUGGGCUGUUGGAGGAGCCUUGACGCUCUUCUCGCAAUCCCUCACAUCGGCCGAAGCGCUGUCUCUCUGGGAGCGGGUGUACAUUUCGGCCCCAUCGAUGCUGGCGGCUCGCUCGGGUGGCCUGUUCAUCGCCUGCGCAGCCAUUUGCCGCUGGGCGCCCAUCUUGAAGACUGCCAACUUCAAUGAUGCGGUUGGCCUCUUCGCAUCGAAGUCUCUCCUAUCACCGGACGUGGUGCUCCCGGGAAAGCAGCCCCCCGGCAAUGGGAUCACCAGCAGCCAGGUCAUUCUGAGUGUGGCCGCCGAGGCCCUUCGCCUGUGGGAGGUCACCCCAGAGUCGCUGUAUAAGUUUGCCGUGGUACCGGAUCGGCCCGAGGCGGUGGAUGAGCGCAAGACCGGCCCCGGCGCGUUCACCUGGGCUGACCCGUAUGAGGCGGACCCUCGGGCAGCCAACUCGGACGGACAUCGCGACCCGGACCAUGAUGCCGUGCCGCAGAUCUCCCCCCGCUGUGCAAGUCGCCUCCUAGCCGAGGGGGUUGCACGGAUUCUGGAUUUGCGUCCAGCCGGCGCCUUCCGCCUGUCGCACAUCCCCGGGUCGCGGCGGGUGGCUCGACCGGAUGCAUCAUUCCAGCGCCUGGAUGUUGCCCUGCCGGCCGGCACACCCGCCGCGGCGUCAUCCUACCUGGCAUCCUAUGGCCUGGCUGCGGCCAGCCGCUUGCAGAGCAUGGUCCCGUCAGUCCUAUCGAGCUCCAUUUCCACGGUCACCUCCGUGGUGUCGAGCACUGUGACCGGGGCCGGGAUUGGCGGGCUCCGGUGGCCGGCGGCCGCGGCGGCGCUUUCGAGCUCAACCCCGGCCGAGGGAACUGCUCCGACGGCAUCCGCCACCGCUGCCCCGACGCAGGAUCUCAUUCACACAAUUGUCGUCGGCCCGGAGGCCGAAGUCAUUGAAGUGCGUCUCUCUUGCUCUGGGGUCCUCCGCUUCCCCCUACCCCCCCCCCUCCUUGUCGCUGCGUGGCUUUCUUUCCUCGCUCCGCUACCGCGCGCCGCCGUGGUUGCCUAACCCGCAUUUGGCCUGUUUGAAGUACUGCCUCCGCCUGGCUCGCGAGGGGAUCCCCCGGGUGUCCGGGCUGUUCCUGGAUUCCGAAGGAGCGGGACAGUGGCCCGGGUCCAUUCACCCUCCGGAGGCUGAUGACGCGAGCGAGGCGCCGGAGCCCGAUGGAGAGGCCAUCCCCUCCUCGGCGCCUGGCCCGGUGGAUAUCCACUUCCUGAAGGCCGUGGCCCUGGCUACCGAGCUCCCUCCCUGCCCCUGCCUGCGGGAGAGCGUUCUGUCCGGGGAGUCGGGCGCCGAGUCGGACGGAGCAAGAGAUGCCGGCGAUCUGGAGCACCCCGGGCCGGAGGUUCCUCGGCGCUUUGCCCACUGGCCUGGUCUCGGCGAGGCUUGUAUGCUCUCCGUGACGGACUGACAUGGGUGUUUGAGCAGGCGUCCAGGAAUAAAGCUGGCUGCAUGGGGAGAAGAAGAAGAGGAAGAAGAAGAAAAAGAG